GUUUUAACCGAUAUAGCUUGACAAUACAGAUUCUCUCUUCCUGUAGGUCCACUAGGCGGCGACAUGCAACCGCUGGUUACUUUUUUGUAAUACAAAUCUGUUCGGAAGGAGGAGCGACAUUCAAGAUGGCGAUCAACAGGACAGGCAAAUCUGCUGUAGUGCCAUCUUCAGUUCUUCUCCAGCUCCUGCUCUAUUUGACAGCUUUCUAUUUCAGCUUCUACUUCCUCUCUACUCUCUGCAUCAUCAUCUACAAGAGUCGUGUGCUGAGCUACCCUGAUGACCUCCUAGGCCAGGAUGUUAGUCUGCUUUUCGUCAUGGCAGGACUAGAGCUGUUACGACUCUUCUGUGGGAUGAAGGGUAACCUCCAGGAGAAGGAGGGUUAUCUCUGGGCUAGCCUGGCCGUGACGGUGGUGACAGCCCUGUUGUCCGUCUACUACCUGGUCUGGCAGCCCUACGUGAUGCGUGCAGACAUCAUCCUCAACGAGUCUACUCCUGAGAUCGAUGUGCUGUCUAGUUGCAGUGAUUACUUGCUGCACUGCCAGAACAUCACCAAAACAAGGUGGAUGGAUUCUGUUACCAUCCCAGAAAAUUCAGGAAGAAUUACUGAAAUGAUGGUUCUAGUUGUAAUUCCCUUUUCAAUGGAACAUUCAGAACUGGAUAACUGACACUUCAACAGUCACACUACAACAGUCACACUACAACAGUCACACUACAUCAAUGACACUACAACAGUCACACUACAUCAAUGACACUACAACAGUCACACUACAACAGUCACACUACAUCAAUGACACUACAACAGUCACACUACAUCAAUGACACUACAACAGUCACACUACAACAGUCACACUACAUCAAUGACACUACAACAGUCACACUACAUCAAUGACACUACAACAGUCACACUACAACAGUCACACUACAUCAAUGACACUA